AGUGCUUCAGAAAAUAAAAUGAGGGCGGCAGUGUCGGUGGCUGUGUUACUCCUAGUGUCGUCGGUAGUAGUAGUGUCAGGACUAUGGAACGAGUUACUUCCGUUCGGGCCGGAAGAAGGGGAUGUGUCACUUCCCAGCGACCGGGAUGACGUUUCAAGUCCGGAAGUCACCUUGAAGGUCCCUAUUUGGUUUUACGGGGACUCGUACGACUCCAUUUAUGUGAAUUCAAACGGCUUGCUGUCUUUCAUCACUGAAAUACCCAGCUUCGUGAAUGUGCCUUUCCCGCUGAAUUAUCCAACAAUUUCCCCU